AAGACCUUUGUAUUUGGAAAAAAAGAUGAUGGAAACAAAAUGCUGGAGUAACUCAGCGGGACAGGCAGCAUCUCUGGAGAAAAGGAAUGGAUGGCGUUUCGGGUCGAGACCCUUCUUCAGACUGAGAUAUACACGGGGCUAUAGAGAGAUAUAGAACAAAUGAAAAAACUCAUGUUGAAACUCAGCGGGUCAGACACCAACCGUGGAGGGAAAAUGGACAGUGGACGUUUAGAAGAAUCCCGACCAGAAACGUAGUCUAUCCAUUUCCCUCCACAAAUGCCGCCUGACCCACAUAGUUCUUCCAGCAGUUUUGAGUAUAGGAGCAGGGAGGUUCUACUGCAGUUGUACAGGGUCUUGGUGAGACCACACCUGGAGUAUUGCGUACAGUUUUGGUCUCCUAAUCUGAGGAAAGACAUUCUUGCCAUAGAGGGAGUACAGAGAAGGUUCACCAGACUGAUUCCUGGGAUCAGGACUUUCAUAUGAAGAAAGACUGGAUAGACUCGGUUUGUACUCGCUAGAAUUUAGAAGAUUGAGGGGGGAUCUUAUGGAAACUUACAAAAUUCUUAAGGGGUUGGACAGGCUAGAUGCAGGAAGAUUGUUCCCGAUGUUGGGGAAGUCCAGAACAAGGGGUCACAGUUUAAGGAUAAGGGGGAAAUCUUUUAGGACCGAGAUGAGGAAAACUUUUUUCACACAGAGAGUGGUGAAUCUCUGGAAUUCUCUGCCGCAGAAGGUAGUUGAGGCCAGUUCAUUGGCUAUAUUUAAGAGGGAGUUAGAUGUGGCCCUUGUGGCUAAAGGGAUCAGGGGGUAUGGAGAGAAGGCAGGUACGGGAUACUGAGUUGGAUGAUCAGCCAUGAUCAUAUUGAAUGGCGGUGCAGGCUCGAUGGGCCGAAUGGCCUACUCCUGCACCUAUUUUCUAUGUUUCUAUGUUUCUAUGUUUAGGUUCCAGCAUGUGCAUCCUCUGGUAUCUCCAGCAACACUUCGAGUAUUGCGGGUUGUGUGGGAACCUUCUUUUAAAACGAGAAGAAACUUGGAAUAAAACUCUUCAAGAUGAAAAUGAAACACAUAUAUUCAUUUAGGGCGGCACAAUGGCGCAGUUGUAGAGUUGUUGCCUUACAACGCCAGUUCGAUCCUGACUACAGAUGCUGUCUGUGCGGUGUUUGACCAUUCUCACUGAGCCCACGUAGGUGCUCCGGUUUCAUCCCACUCUCCCAAGACCUUCAUGUUUGUAGGUUAAUUGGCUUCUGCAAAUUGUCCCUAGCGUGUUGGGUAGCUUGUGCACGGGUCAUGGUUGGUCGGCGCGCACACGAUGGGCCGAAGGGCCUAUUACCACACUGUAUCACUAAACUAAAUGACAGGUUUGCGCGAUCGCAACUCCUCCAUUUCAAGUCUUCUUUGCAAUAUUGGCAUCGGAAGAAAUAAGAUUGGAGACUUUACAAUGUUAGUAAAUAGAAGUCAGAAUGAAUACGUUGCACGGAGCGUUGUGACCAGGCAUUGCCAAGUAUAUCUACUUUUCCCUACAAAAAAAACAAUAAUUUUCUUUCUCAGUACUAUGUUUUCAGGAGCUGCAGUCUGUGGGCCGCGUUUGUUGGCUUUGAAUCAGCUGAUCUUGGCGUCUCAGUUUCCAUGGCUGCAGCAGGAAGUUUUAAAACUCUGCAACAGUCUGUGUGAAAUCGCAGCUUCGGGACAUUUGUUCUACUCGGAGGGCAAGCGGGUUGUACAGAACGAGGAGAGAGGCCCGGCACUUCGCUGCUCUUCAGCUAGGACGGGGUUGAGUGGUUCCCAUGUCACGCUGCAGUCCGACUGCUGGGCAGGAGGGCACCGAGGUGAUACAACUACUGGACACAAAGCUAGGGGGAGCUUACACAAAUAUCCCAUUCUUCAUCCCAUCCCGCGGGUCCCCCCAUAAUCUGACUCAGCAUGGCCAUGCAGAAACACCUGACUAUCUCAGAUUGCCACAGCCGCUCGGUGAGCGCCCUGGGUUACCACUCUGCACGCAGGGAGUUUGUGACCGGCUUUGAGGAUGGUGUCAUUAAAUGGUGGGAUCUGGAGACUGGACAACUAACCUUUUGCGUCUUUGAACAUAUUGGUAUGAUCACGCAGUUACUGUAUUGGGUUGAACCCAAACUUCUUUUCUCAUCAUCCAAUGAUGGAACUAUCGUGGUCUGGACUAUUGGGGCCACUGUGUUUGACAGGAUCACGUUAAACACUUCGGUAUUUUGCAUGGCGAUCAAUCAUCGGAGGCAUCAACUCAUUUGUGGAUUCAAAAACCAGCUGAGAGUCUUUCCUUUGGAUGAAAAGAAAGACUCUGGUCAUGUCCUGGAUCUGGAGAAGAGUUUCACUAACCGCAGACACAGGGACAUUGUGUCAGCUGUGGUCUGCCUUGAUACCCGGAUAUAUUCUGUUGGUUAUGACAAGAAAUUCAUCAUCUACAACACCAGUUCCUAUCCGAACAGCAGAAGCCUGCAGGUGGUCCACUGCAAUCCCAGAGCUCAUGAUGCUGGAAUCACAAAUCUGAUGGUCGUUCGGGAAAUAGAAAGCACAAGGCUGGUGACGGGCUCCUUCGAUAAAAGUGUGAAAGUCUGGUCACAGGAUGGCCAGCUGAUCCUCAAGCUCCCUUACUUUACCGGCUUUAUAAGUAGCCUUUGCUUUGUGCCUUGCGUGAAUUCAGUCUGGAUCUGCAGUGGCGUCCCGUCCCCUUCCAUCUUUGACCCAAGCUCCGGAGAGAUCGUUUCAGAGUCCAUCGAAACUUUCCAAAGUCAUGAGAAUGGACAACCACUGCAUCAACUGGUCUGCGCACCAGAAUCCAACCACGUCAUAGGUUUCAGCAGGCAACGCAGAGACCUGACGGUGUGGAAGUACAAUAAGAUGGGCUCGGUCACAAUGCUGCGAAGCAAACAACCAGUGGAGUGCCUGAGUUACACCCAGAAGGAACCAAUACUCCUAUUCAGUGGACACAGUGAUGGGUCGCUUAUAAAAUGGGAAAGACAACAGUCAUCUUACUUUCUCUACAGUCGUGAAUUGUUCAAUAAGUUUGAAACGCAGUCCAUUGGAAAGGGGAGAUACAGCAGCGCCAAAGUGGCCAGUCGCCGCAAAGCCCUGUCCGUUCGUAGUCCUGCUGGUGGGCCUUCGAGCAGGGUGAAGGAAUCACCUGGAGCCAAGAGACCACGUAAACCCAACGUACCAUGCAGCUUUACCAGGUCGUUGUUUGUGGAAGAGCUGGAUAUGCUGAUUCUUGCUGCUGAUGAUGGCAAUAUCUACCUUUGGGGCUUCGAUGACUCCAUGUCCAGCAUUCUCAAGAUGAUGCCUUCAAGAACAAGUCGAGAACAGAAUAACACAAGGAAUUUUGAAUGCUUGUCCAAGCCAAGUAUUGACAGACAAUACAGUACGUUUGAGGAGGAGAACGGGAAUUCGGUCACUAACCGUGUUUCAGGGUUUGUGUGUAAGAAGGUUUUGUCUCAUCAUAUUCAGCCUGUGGGAGGAGUUGCUGUGGUUGGGAGAGAUCGAGGCUACGACACUGACUACCUGAUUUCUGGUGGCUGGGACAGGCAGUUAUGUGUGUGGGAUCUACAAGUGGGUGAUCUGUAUAACACGUUCUCCAAUACUGCGCCAGGCGAGAGUGGAGAUAUACAGGAGCUGGCCUGUGAUGGCGCCAUUUUAGAUCUUGCCUACAGCCCAAAGCGGAAUGAGUUUGCCUACUCUUCGAGUGAUGGGAUGGUCUACAUUCGCCAGUUCAGCCCCAUCACAAGUGAAAUGAAACUCGUGAGCAUUCUGCAGGGUCACGAGGCUGACAUCACUGCCAUCUUGUGGCAUUCCCUCUUAAAUAAGUGGAUCAGUGGCUCAGAGGAUGGGACAAUCCGGAUCUGGAGUGAAGAUGGAUCGCAAUGUGAUCAAAUACUGGUCACACAUGAACCGGUUAAUUGUCUCUGCAUCGAUCAGGACAAUGGCUGCAUUAUAGCUGGGAUUCAGGAAAGCAUGAGUGUUUAUGACCCUGAAACAUUUAUGCAAGUGCAGAGAAAUAUUGGACACACUGAUUCAAUCCGUUCCAUCAUCCACAUUCCUGAGAGAAGCCAGUAUGUUACUGCUUCCUGGGAUUGCACGGUGCGUGUCUGGAAUGCUUACACCAAAUUACUUCCAAAGAGCAAAGAAACAAGGAAAAGUACAAAAAGUGCGACAAGCUGAGAGGAAAUCUCACCAGGGCUGCAAUUUCCUUGGUGAUUAUUUCACUUUGAAAUUGGUUUAACUUGUUACAAAUUCAUUGAGAUGUGAAACUGUUUACCAUCAGUUUAAAUAUUCAGCUACAGCAUUGCCAUGAUUACUGGAACAGAAUGUGACUGGACAUUCUCUGACGAAAGGUACACCGCCUGAUUCCCCAAAUCUUCUGUGUCUGCUAUUGAAUUGAAGUUAGAUGUCUGAAGGAAUGGUCUACACUUGCCUAGAUGGUUCAGUUGGGACCAUGUCCAACACGGGCAUAGUGGUGUGGAGCUACUGCCUCAUAGUGCCAGACACCCGGGUUUAAUCUUGACUACGGGUGCUUGUCUGUACGUAGUUUAUACAUUCUCCCCAUGACCUGCAUGGGUUUUCUCAGAGAUCUUCGGUUUCCUCCCACAUUUCAAAGACGUACAGAUUUGCAGGUUAAUUGGCUUGGUAUAAAUGUAAAUUGUCCAUAGGAUAGUGUUAGAAUGCGGGAAUCACUGGUCAGUGUGGACGUGGUGGGCCGAAGGGCCUGUUUCCAUGCUGUAUCUCCAAACUAAACCCUCCACAACAAUGCAACUUGAAUGAUCAGUAGCCUUCAUUCAUCUCAGACAACCAUUUUCUCCUCCACUAACGUGCCAUGUUUGGUAAGAUUACUACCCAUGGGAAGCAAUGCACCGACAUACCAAGGAUUCUUUGACAGCACCUUGUACACCAAUGAACUUUAUCACCUAUUAGGUCAAACACAAAAGGAAUAUGGAAAUACCACCCUGUUCCAAGCUGCCCUCCCAUUCACAUGCCACUCUGAUUUGGACACAAAUAUUCAUUAAUUGAUCGACACCCUGGAAACCCUAAUCAAUAGCCUUGUGAGACCAUGAUAGUCAAGUAAACUGCUCAACUUCAUUUAUUCAAAGGCUCAAGGUGGGUGGGUUGAGAAUGCUAGCUUUGUUAAUGAUAUAAUUCAUAAGGACAGCACCUGUCAAGAAUAAACUUUAAAAAAUGUGAUUAAAAAGCCUUCCGCAGUAUAGACCAUGCCUAAGAUGAAAAAUAGUAAAAAGGACAUUGCAUACUUUUGCAGAAUGCUAUUGUUUCUGUUAUAUUCUGUAAAUCACAUUUGUGCUGGACAUUUCUGGCAUGCCCUUGGCUCCGUUAGUUCCAAAAUCUGUCCGAACCAGCAGCAAUGAUGACAGAUUAUCCAUUCCCACAAGACCCAGAGAGUUGUGAAUCGGUGGAAUUCUCCACCACAGGCAGUAGAGGCCAAUUUGAGCGUUAGAUUCAGCUCUUAGGGCUAACGGUUCAAUGGAUAUAGAGAGAAAGCAGGAACGGGACACUGAUUUUGGAUGAUCAAUCAUGAUCAUAUUGAAUGGUGGUGCUAGCUCGAAGAGCCUACUACUUCACCUAUUUUUCAUGUUUUUAUGUUUCUAUGAUGACAGCAAAUGUACAUUAAACAUUAUUAUUAUUACUCUAAUCUUCUGUCAAGCUGCCUCAUCUCUGCUGCAACUGAACUAUUCCCAAGAAAGCUGAUCCUUUAUUAGGUAAAUGCAGUUUUAAGAUCUAGGACCCCCCACCCCCGUUUUGAACUAGCCCACAGCCAACCAUGGCCUGUUUCCUUUGUUUACUUUUUUGC